GCAAAUGGGUUCACCUGAACUCAAAUAAAGUUCAACAACAGCAAUUAACGGGCCCCAAUUAAUCACUUAAUUACACAUCUAUUGCGCCCCACUAUUUCAAUCAUUGAUGAUGGCAGAAAGGACAAAGCGACAGAAGAAUGAUCUCAGCGGCUAUUAUACUAGUCGGGGGGGGACCCAGUUUCUGGGAACUGUAAUUGAAGGAGAUUUCUAUCUCAACCAUGCAAAGUCAGGAGGUCAGUUUACAAUAUUCGCAGGAAGAUCUCGAUGUUCCCUUAUUAACAACGAACUAUAUAUAUAUCCCGUUUCUUCGAGAGAGAGGAUCUGACAAAUAUUGUGCUAUAACCCCAGACGAGAAUAGCUCUCCUGAUGCUUUCAAACGCUGCCUUCGAUCUUUGGCUUACCCCGAAAUGGUUUAUCGACGUCGCGAUACUAAACGCGCUCACGCGAAUACAUGCGAUUGGAUUACUAGUCAUCUAUCUUACACUACCUGGCUGAAGGAAGGCUCUGGGAUUCUUUGGAUCAAGGGAAAGCCAGGAUCGGGGAAAUCGACAUUGAUGGAAUUCCUCCUUCGCGACUUCGAGAAGCAAGCCCACUAUCAGGAAUCGAUUCAACUCUCAUUCUUUCUUCAUGGCCGCGGUAAUACGCUACAAAAAAGCCGACUUGGCAUGUUUCGAUCUCUCUUACACCAAUUGCUAUUUUGUGCACCAUCUACUGGAGCUGCAUUUCAGCGUUCGUUCGAAGAGAAAAUUGAUAGCCAAGGUGAGCCUGGAAAAGAUUGGGACUGGCAUAUAAGUGAAAUCUACGACUUUUUCAAAUCCGCUGUUGAAGACGCUGCGACAACACAUUCUGUUAAUAUAUUUGUUGAUGCAUUAGACGAAGCUGACGAUGGUACGGACGAUCGGGAUACAAGCCACCGCAUUGUGAACGAUUUUCACGAGAUAAAUGAUAUUUUAUGUCAUAAAAAGCUUCGUUCCACUAUAUGCUUUUCGUGUCGCCACUUUCCGGUAAUAACAAAGAGUCAGAGAUGGGAGAUCUGGGUUGAGAAGGAAAACCAUGAAGAUAUCUCGACCUAUAUUCGUGACGAGCUUAAAAAGAGACUUUUCCCAACUGAAGCCGAAAGCCAGUAUUUGGUGGAAUGGCAAGAUACUAUAAUCAAAGGAGCUCAAGGAGUAUUUCAAUGGGCAGCUCUUGUACUUCGCAUGGUGGUUCAAUAUUACGAUAAUGGUAUGUCGCCCAGAGAGAUAAGACAAAUGUUAGCAAGGGUUCCAAAGCAGCUAGGGGAUGUUUAUAAACAUAUCUUGGAGCAAGUCAUCGAGAAAGAAGAUUACCAGCAAACUUUACGCCUUAUGCGAUGGGUAUGUCUUGCUGAGCGUCCUUUAACUAUGGUAGAGAUAUGUUUCGCUAUGAAUCUACCAGACACAGAUACAUUCGAUGCAGAAUUCGAAGAAUUGGAAUUGCCGACUAAUGAUACAAUGAAGAGACGAGUUGUGAGCCUCUCUGGUGGUCUUGUAGAGUUCAAAAAGCACAAGGAACAAGAAAUCGUCCAGUUCAUCCAUCAAUCUGUCAAUGACUUUUUGUUUCAAGAUGGUCUUGACUUCCUGGAUACAAUGAUUCGUGGUAAUCCUAUCGGACAAGGUCAUAAUCAUCUAUCAGUCAUCUGUGCGAAUUACAUAGGAAUGAUCAAACCUGACUAUUCAAAAAAGCCUAUUGAAAGAGCUAUCCAGGCACAAUUUCCAUUUGUGGAUUAUGCCGUCAGAUCCUGGUAUUUACACGCUGAAAAGGCUGAGACACAAGGAGUCUUACAGGAUUAUCUUCUACGAUUCAUUCAACACUAUCCAUAUGCCCUUAAAAAUUGGAUCUGGCUUUAUGAAAUCAUCGAUCGAUAUUACAGUUCUGGACGGCGACCUGGAAACAAUUGCACUCUGCUUCAUACUACCUCUGGUGCCAAUCUUUUGAGUGUUGUGAAUGGUUUGCUAAAAGUAGGCUAUGAACUGGAGUCGAUGGAUGACGAUGGAAAUCGAGCACUUCAUUAUGCAUCUCGUUGGGGCCAUGUACAAAUUGUCAAAACUUUACUUGAUGCAGGGGCAUUGAUUGAUGAAGAGAACAAGAGCAAGUGUACAGUACUCGAGCGAGCAGCAGCCAACGGGCAUAGGGAAGUGGUUAAGAUCUUACUUGCAAAAGGUGCAAAUGUUAACAAGCAAACUGGUGAUUCUGGCAAUGCUUUAUAUGGGGCUGCUCUUAAAGGGAGUAGAGCUGUAGCACAAAUGUUAUUAGAUUACAAAGCUGAUGUUAAUGCUCAAGUCGGACCCUAUGGCAAUGCUCUUCAAGCUGCAGCACACGAAGGUCAUCAAUCCAUUGUGGAAUUACUUCUUGAGUAUAAGGCCGAUGUUAAUGCUCAAGGCGGAAGAUCUGGCAAUGCUCUUCAAGCUGCAGCAUUGAGAGGUCAUCAAUCCAUUGUGCAACUACUUCUUGAUUGCAAAGCCGAUGUUAAUGCUCAAGGCGGAGACUAUGGCAAUGCUCUUCAAGCUGCAGCAUACGGAGGUCAUCAAUUCAUUGUGCAACUACUUCUUGAUUGCAAAGCCGAUGUUAAUGCUCAAGGCGGAGAAUAUGGCAAUGCUCUUCAAGCUGCAGCAUACGAAGGUCAUCAAUCCACUGUGCAACUACUUCUUGAUUAUAAGGCUGAUGUUAAUGCUCAAAGCGGAACCUAUGGCAAUGCUCUUCAAGCUGCAGCAUAUAGAGGUCAUCAAUCCAUUGUGAAACUACUUCUUGAUUGCAAAGCCGAUGUUAAUGCUCAAGGCGGAUAUUUCGGUAAUGCUCUUCAAGCUGCAGCAUACGGAGGUUAUCAAUCCAUUGUACAACUACUUCUUGAUUGCAAAGCCGAUGUUAAUGCUCAAGGCGGAACCUAUGGCAAUGCUCUUCAAGCUGCAGCAUACGCAGGUUAUCAAUCCAUUGUACAACUACUUCUUGAUUUCAAAGCCGAUGUUAAUGCUCAAGGCGGAAUCUAUGGCAAUGCUCUUCAAGCUGCAGCAUUGAGAGGUUAUCAAUCCAUUGUACAACUACUUCUCGAUUACAAAGCCGAUGUUAAUGCUCAAGGCGGAAUCUAUGGCAAUGCUCUUCAAGCUGCAGCAUACGGAGGUCAUCAAUCUACUGUACAGCUACUUCUUGAUUGCAAAGCCGAUGUUAAUGCUCAAGGCGGAAUCUAUGGCAAUGCUCUUCAAGCUGCAGCAUACGGAGGUUAUCAAUCCAUUGUGCAACUACUUCUUGAUUGCAAAGCCGAUGUUAAUGCUCAAGGCGGAAUCUAUGGCAAUGCUCUUCAAGCUGCAGCAUACGGAGGUCAUCAAUUCAUUGUGCAACUACUUCUUGAUUGCAAAGCCGAUGUUAAUGCUCAAGGCGGAGAAUAUGGCAAUGCUCUUCAAGCUGCAGCAUACGAAGGUCAUCAAUCCAGUGUGCAACUACUUCUUGAUUAUAAGGCUGAUGUUAAUGCUCAAAGCGGAACCUAUGGCAAUGCUCUUCAAGCUGCAGCAUAUAGAGGUCAUCAAUCCAUUGUGAAACUACUUCUUGAUUGCAAAGCCGAUGUUAAUGCUCAAGGCGGAGACUAUGGCAAUGCUCUUCAAGCUGCAGCAUACGGAGGUCAUCAAUUCAUUGUACAACUACUUCUUGAUUGCAAAGCCGAUGUUAAUGCUCAAGGCGGAAUCUAUGGCAAUGCUCUUCAAGCUGCAGCAUACGGAGGUCAUCAAUCCAUUGUGGAGUUAUUACUUGUAGCUGAAACAAAGCUUCAUCUUCAUCCAAAUUUCUUGCCUAUAGAUCCUUUCCAGAUACAAAAUAUUUCGAUCAAAGUACAGUUUCUUCUUGACCGUGGACAGGAGAUAAAAGAUUUUCACAAUAAUGUUAGUUCCGGCAACAAAACUGCAAUCAUCUCAGCACUCGACAACGGUAUGAAAACAGAUGUUCCUGGAGGUUAUCAAAUUUAUGCUUUACAUACAUCGGCAGCUCGAGGAGAUCUUGCAAUAGCUUCUCUCUUAAUUGAAAGAAGCAGUAUCGAAUUAAAUUUCAAGGAUCAAAAUGGGCGAACCUCACUUUGGCUGGCUGCAUAUGGAGGCUAUGUGGAAAUUGUUGAAUAUCUAUUGAAGCACAAAGCUGAUCCGUCUAUAUCAGACAAUGAUGGCAAAACACCUUUGAUGAUAGCACUUCAGGAGAAGCAAAAUUUGGUUGUUGAGGUAAUUAGAGAGCAUCAAGGAAGACUGAUUAACUGAUAUAGAAAAGCCUAACAGAUAGAUCCAAUUCUUAUAUCAAACACCGAAAAAUUGAAAUCUUUAAUAUAGAUAUUACAUGCAUUUACCUUGUAUGAUUUUGUCUCUCAACAAAAAUGUAGACGGAGAAAUAUGAAUUAUUCUUUGACUAUAUUCUGAUCAUCGAUUAUCUAGUGUUUCUACUUAUGGAAAAACUACAGUUGAGGGUGGGCUUCCUCAGAGAAUAUUUUUCUUUCUCAGACUUGAGUAUGCUAAUCUUAGGUGGUAAUGAGUUGCGGUGUAAUCAGGUAUUACAUUAUAUUUAGCUUUGAUAUAAUAAACUUUUGGUUUCUCCCUGUUCAACAUAGAAGUUGGGAGAAGUCUGUAAUUAUCUAAACUUUUCAUGUACUA